CUCUCUCCUCCAACAACAACUAUCAACUCUACUAUUCCAUCACUUCCAUUCAAUUACUGAAUCAUACCAUGUCAGCCCCCGUCGACCUCUACCUCCAACGCGCCUUCGCUCUCGGCUCCUCUGCCUCCGCCCAAGACCUCUACAACGAAUGGGCUGCCGGGUACGACAAGGACCUCAACAGCGCAAGCUACGCAUCCCCACGACGGUGUGUCGAGGCUGUCCUUAAAGCACUUUCAUCGCCAUCACUUAUCUCAGGUUCAACCGGCGAUAGCAAUAAUAACUCGUCAAAGUUAAACAUCCUCGACGCCGGGUGCGGGACGGGUCUUGUCGGCGAAUGUUUGGCCCGGUCACCCCUGGGCGAGAUCAGUGCUAUUGACGGGGUUGAUCUCAGUAUAGGCAUGUUGGAUGUUGCAAGGGGGAAAGGCGUGUAUCGGGAUCUUGAGACGGCGGAUUUGAACGUUCCCCGUGGGAUUAAACGGGGGGAUGCGGAGUAUGAUGUUGUUGUUUGUGUGGGGACGUUGACGAAGGGGCAUGUUGGGCCGGCUGUUUUUACGGAGUUUGUGAGGCUUGUCAAGGGGGGUGGAGAGGGGUUGGUGGUUGCGACGGUGCAUGGGGGAGUUUGGGAAGAGAUGGGAUAUAGGGCUGAGGUGGACAGGCUCGAGAGGGAGGGGGUGGUGAGGGCGGAUGUCGAGGAGUUUGGGAUUGUAGAGAACGAGAGCAGCAGUGGGAAGAUGGUUGUUUUGAGGAGAUUGUAACUUGAUAUAGGUAUAUGGUGUUUGGAGGCCUGCUAGGCUUAAUGCCAACACUUACGGAUGUAGUAUUAACUUGUCAAUGCCCAAUGUGUUCGAAGAGUUGUAUCCGAUAUAUCGGAUCCAUCUGGUCGGAUGUGCUGGACACUUCCGAAAUGAGAUCGGAAUUAAGUCUAAGAAGAUUAAUGUAAGCAAUCCCGAGUGCAGAACAGUCAUUCAGCUAUUCAUAUCCAG